AUUUUUUGGUUAAUUGUGACUAAAGUGUGAUUGAAUUAAUUUCAUUGUUUAAUUUGAUUAAACUUUGCAGCUUUUGUUGUAAUAUAAUCUUAGUAUACUCUGGGAUAUCCAAAAAAGUACAAUAAAAUUAUGCUCUUAAUAUUAUUGGACAAACGGUACAACUAAUUAUCACUAUCAUAAUUCUCUUGACAGGUAUCUUAUAAUCUUUAUGUUAUUAUUUUUCUACAGCUUUUGAAUCAAUAUUGAGUUGUCGUAUGUUAAAACAUAAUACUUAAGUGAUGACAUUACCAAAGCAUAAUACAGGAAGUUAAUUACAAAAAAGAAAAUUAAAUUAAAUUAAAACGAUGAGCAUAAAAAGCAUAUUCAAUUUUACACCACCUAAAAUAAUAUUCAUUUAAUAAUUAAAAUAAAAUACUAUCUCCGACCAAAAAGAAAAAAAAAAGGGUUAUUUACGUAGCGAUUUCAAAUUACGGUUAUAUCUCUUAUGAAAUUAUUUAUUCAUUUGAAAUGAGAGGUUUUGGCGCGACUAUAUAAAGUGUGGGAAGCUCUGAGAACCGUUGUGUUUAGAGAGAGUGGUGGUUCUCCUUCCGCAGCUUCAACUUCUGUGAAGUUCAGAGAAAGAGAGAAGAGAGAGAGAGAGAGAGAUAGAGAGAGAGAGAGCUAAGCUUUGAUUUCCGAUCAAGCAUGGGGAAGCAACUUCGCAGUGACACUACUUCCCCCGCCGUGGAUGUGCCGGCGGCAAAGAGAAUCCGGCGAAGCAAGACUAUCUGCUCGUGCUCCUCUCCUCGUCCUCCCUUCCUCUCUGCUCAUUCUACUUUCUCAUGGUAUGACGAGGACAUUUGGACAGAAAUUGCUAAGUUUUUGGAUGGAAAAUCUCUUAUUAUGCUGGCAGCAACAAACCAAUGGUUCAGCCGCGCAAUUAUGGAUGAUGGUAUAUGGAAGUUCGUUUGCAUUCGUGAUCUUCAGGUCCCACCCCCUCAACGCGUGGCAUUCAGUUGGAGUCAGCUGUAUAAAUCAGUAUUCGAUGGAAGCCACUCCUACAUGUUCCGUCAGCAGGAGAAACACAUUGAUUGGAUGCGUAUUGGCGCUUUUUCUUUUGAUUCUUCAGUAGCCAUCCUGGCUGAGAGGCUUUCUUUUCCGGGGAAGAUCAAGGAGCGUGAAACCUUGGAAAAGAUGUUGCGGUCCCAAGGUUGUUGCGUGGUAGAAAACGUUAAACCUGGAAUCUGGAUAGCUGACCUGCAGCUUGUACGAUGCCCAGUUUGUGAUCUGAAUACUUGUGAUGGAACAAUGCAGACAUUAGAUGCAAGGCACAUAGAACUAUUCCUCUGUGAAGGGUACAAAAAUGGGAGCUGGGAUUACCAGUUGGUGGGAUCUCAUGAUAUCAAGAAGCGAGCAGAUGGGGCUGCUGGCGCCAUUUUUGACGCCAAACACUUGGAGGACUCUUCCACAUCUGCGGUAUUUGAUUACAAGUCAUGGAUUGGAAAACCAAAUGACUGGCAGCCCAAGGCCAUGAUUGCUUUUCAUGCAGUUGCUGUGAACACUAAUUUACAAGAAAAUGAAGGUAAGAGGCUUAAGAUUUCAUAUAUUCCUGUAUUUAUCACUGGAAUGAAUCUCAAUCUCAGCAAAACCAAAAUCCCAAAUUUCUUAAUUACAUUGUCCUUAGUCCUUAGGCCUUAGCAAUUUAUCAGUUUCAUUUGAUUUUUAUU